AUGUCGAUCCGUCUUCUCAUCGCAGCAGCUUUGCUGGCAGCACUCAGCCAAGGCGCCUGGGCCCAGGGCGACAGGACCCAAACCACAAGAACGAGCCUCUGGCUCCCAUCCCGCGCGACGUCGGCAGGGAACCGCGACAUCUACGCAUCCGUCGUCACGGCGGCACCCGAGUCGACCGAGUACCUGCUCGCCUGCAUCUCGUCGUUCGCGUCGCCCUAUCCAUCCAGCUGCGGCGACUUUGCGGGUGUGACGCUGACGCACGCCGACGGGACGAUGCGCAUCCGAUUCCGGUCGGACACGUUCGAUUGCGACCGCGGCGAAUUGGCCACCUGCAGCAUCACCCAAAACGGCGAAUCGACAGCAUCGCCUACCGUGUUUGGCGGCGCCGAGUCGAGCGCGUGGUUCACGGCCGUCACCAUCGUGGCGGGACAAGAGAAGCUCCGCGGAGGGGGAGGGGGCUCGAGGAACCCGAUAGGCAAUAUACGAAAUGGCGGAUUGGUCGCGUCGGCGCUGGCGCUCGGGGGGUUGUUGGCAGCUGUUGUUGUGUUUCUUUGA